CUGGACCUGGCUGGGGCGGGGAGGGAGGGGUCGGGAGCCGCAGCGCCUCAGGCUUCCGCCCGGCCCCAGGUUCUUGGGAGCUCCGCGGGUCCCGGCCCAGAUAUCCAGAAAUUAUUCCAAAGGACGCAGGGCAGGUGGAUGACUGAAUUGGCCUGUGGCUGGCCUGUGCCCACUCUGAGCUCCCCCUGAACUAAUCAGAGCCUUGUCAGUGACUCACCUCCACACCCACUAAGGGGCACGUAAGACAGAGGAAGCUGGAGUCCGGGGACUCUUAAGACCAAGGCCGGGCCUGGCCCAGGUGACAAACAGGAAGUGCUCAGGCAUCCAGGAGACACACCUGGCUUUCAGAUGAGGAAGACUGGGGCCUGUUGGAAGUACAAAGCACAGCCCCUGCACCCUCUGCCCCUGAGAGCUCCAUGCAGGUGCCACAGGAUGGAGAGGACUUUGCUGGCCAACCCUGGUACCACGGCCCACUGUCCCGCCAGAAGGCUGAGGCCCUCCUUCAGCAAGAUGGUGACUUCUUAGUUCGUGCAUCUAAGUCCCGUGGGGGCCACCCUGUGAUCUCCUGCCGUUGGCGGGGCUCAGUCUUACACUUCGAGGUGUUCCGUGUGGCCCUGCGCCCCCGGCCAGGCCGGCCCACAGCCCUCUUUCAGCUGGAAGAUGAGCGUUUCCCAAGCCUGCCUGCCCUGGUUCGCAGCUAUGUGACCGGCCAGCGUACACUGUCCCAGGCCACUGGAGCUGUGGCGUCCAGGCCAGUGACGCGGCAAGGACCUAUUCGACGCAGCUUUAGUGAAGACACCCUUCCAGACGGCCCGGCUUGGACAGAGCCACUCAGGGCUAGGAAGCGGAGUGACAGUCAGCCCGCAGGCUUGCAGCAUAUGGGGCAGCCAACAGAAGACCACCCUGGUUCAGGAGCUUCCACUAUGCCUGCAUCUGCCCUGCCUCGGACAGGUAGUGACUCCGUGUUGCUAAAGGUGCCCGUUCCCCUGGGGUCCAUUGCUGACAGCCUCAGGGCCUCUGAUGGGCAGCUUCAUGCCAAGGCACCAACCAAGCCACCUCGAACAUCCUCACUGAUGCUGCCUGAUGCCUCUGGACGCCCACCAACGUACUGUGAGCUGGUGCCCCGAGUGCCCAGGGCCCAGGGAACACCUCCUGGCCAUAGCUGCCCAGAGCCAGAGGCGCCAUGGUGGGAGACUGAGGAGGAGGAGGAGGAAGAGGAGGAGAACAGAUGUUUUGCAAGACCGCAGGCAGAGGUCUCUUUCUGCCCACCUGACAACCCCUUCUGCCUGCUGGGCUCCCAGAAUCGGCCCCUGGAAACCGAAGUCCUGCAUACUCUCCAUGGCCUUUUCCUGGAGCACCAUCCUGGGAGCACCGCUCUCCACCUGCUAUUGGUGGAUUGCCAGGCGACUGGCCUCCUGGGAGUGACGAAGGCCCAGCGGGGCGCCAUGGGGGUCGCCUCUGGUCUGGAGCUGCUCACACUUCCCCAUGGGCAUCGCUUGAGGUUGGAACUGCUGGAGAGGCUCGAGACGCUGGCACUGGCGGGGGCGCUGGCAGUGCUGGGCUGCGCAGGGCCGCUGGAGGAGCGCGCGGCCGCCCUGAGGGGCCUGGUGGAGCUGGCCCUGGCGCUGCGGCCAGGGGCGGCGGGAGACCUGCCCGGACUGGCCGCGGUCAUGGGCGCCUUGCUCAUGCCCCAGGUGUCGCGGUUGGAACGCACGUGGCGCCAGCUGCGAAGGAGCCACACCGAGGCUGCGCUGGCCUUCGAGCAGGAGCUGAAGCCACUGAUGCGGGCGCUGGAUGAGGGCGCCGGUGAGUGGCGUCUUUCGAUGAGUGGACCCUGCGACCCGGGGGAGGUGGCGCUGCCGUACGUGGCGCCCGCGGUGCGCCUGCUGGAGGGCGAGGAACUCCCCGGGCCCUUGGACGAGAGCUGCGAGCGGCUGCUGCGCACCCUGCACCGGGCGCGUCUGCUGGCCCGGGACGCGCCCAGAUUCCGCGAGGCGGCGGCUCGGCGCCUGCGAGUUUGUCGCGCAGGACUGCCCGGACCCCAAAUCCCACCCUCGGGCGUGGCUCCAUCUCCAGGCACAACCCCUAAGGUGGGUCCCCCAGGAUCUCGCCCCAGGAACAGACUGCCCCCGUGCACCCACCGAGCCCCUCAGCCGCCCCAUCCCCACUGCUGCAGACUCAGGAGCCCCCUCCCGGCUCACCCUACCCAGUUGUCCAGGAUUCCGCCCCCACCCGGAGCUGAGAGAGGCCCUGACCACUGGUUUCUUGAGGAGGCUGCUCUGGGGGAGCCGAGGAGCUGGGGCGCCGUGGGCCACACGUCUUGAGAAGUUCCAGCGCGUCCUCAGCGUCCUGUCGCAGCGCCUGGAGCCUGACCAUUGAGAGCACAGACCCCCCUCUUCACGCUGGGAUACCAAGGCUUCCAUGGAGACCAAGGAAGCCGCCCAAGCUUCCUCACACAGCCAAAUGCAGUGGGGACCUGCACCCUGCCUCACAGGAGGGGACCUGGUUUGCAAGAACCCACCCUGUGCCCUAAAAAGGCACACUGAUCCUGGCGGAGGGCAGCCUCCUCCCCACACUAGAAGACCCAGAUGUCUGGAGGCUCUGGACGCCCUCUCCCACCUGCCCCCUCGCAUAUCCCACAAAGGGUGAACGUGUGGCUUUUAAUCUUAAAGAGAACUUGCAGAUCUGUAAGAAGACUGAGUUCAAAUACGUUUUAAAAGCUGUGUCACUUCUACUGGAUCACUUGACUUCUCUGUGCUGGCCUUCAACAUAAAAGUGGGGCUGUGCACUUUCUAGGGGUUGUGGUGGGGAUGAAAGCUCAACGUUUGAAUGAGUUCAUAGGUGGAGAAUGCCUGGCACACAGUAGGUGCUCAACGGGUGCUACCUGUCCUUGGUGAGCUGCAGUGAACACCGAAGGGGUGACGUCUGGCACCCUCCUCCCUACUAGCGUCAGAGACAAUCACCCAACUCCUAAGAAGGGGCAGGGUUUGUCUAUGGUGUCCCCAAGUUUGCUUCCCCUUCCUCGUU